AUGAGCUACGAUAAGAAGGCAGAUGUAACUUCGCUAGAUUCCGAUUUAACGGAACUACGAAGAAGCAAAUUCUCAAAAGAAUCCAUUAAGGAGAUUGAGAACUGGAUAUAUGAAAUAAUACUUAAAGAACCACUUCCCAGUAGCAACAACGAGGAUGGCGAGUCUGAUCUAUUAGACAAGCUAAAAGAUGGAACAGUUCUUUGUAGAGUAGCAAAUGUGUUAUAUAAAGCAGAUUCAAAUGAUCAUGAUGAUUGUCAUAUUAAAUGGAGAAUUUCCAAGAUGCCAUUUGUUCAAAUGGAACAAAUAUCACAAUUUCUAUCAUUUGCUAGACAAUAUGGUGUUCCUGAAGAUGAAUUAUUUCAAACAGUUGAUCUUUUUGAGAAAAAGGAUCCAGCUAGUGUUUAUCAAACUUUGAAAUCAAUUACAAGGUACGCUAAUAGGAAACAACCUGAUAAAUUCCCCGUUUUAGGCCCUCAAUUAACCGUUAAGAAACCAAGACCUCCAAUCAAGAAAAAACCUGAUCAUUUGAAAGAGGGUCAAACCGGUUGGAGUACUCAUGAAUAUGGUUAUAUGAAUGGAGCUUCACAAAAAACGGAAGGUGUCGUAUUUGGUCAAAGAAGAAAUAUAUUGUGA